UAUCUCUGCUUUUUAAAAAUCUUUUUAUUGACAAAAGUUACGUAGGAGUAAAAUCGACGGAAAGACCAAGAACAAGGGUUGAAAAAUCUCCCCUUCAGAGGUUAAACCUUUCUUUCUCUGCUAGGUGGUUUCUUUUGUUUUGUUUUUCUUUGCUUUGCCUUUGUUUGUGGCUUUCUCCUACUUGGCACCGAGAGAAGUCGCUGCAUUUCUCCUUCACAGAAUCAGUCACGCCGUCCCUAGGUUCACGCUGAGUAUCUGUAAAGUUUUCCGAGCUAAAGGGAGUCACUUUUACAGCGUGUGUGGGGGUGGCGGGGAGAGAAGUAGGGGUAUCAGAAGCGACAGGGUCUCUGCCUCCAAGCUCCGUGGCAGCUCUGUUCUGCUAAGCACUUGCAGGCUGUAUAAUUAACCGGGUAGGCAGUGAAUUAAAUCUUUGUAAAGCCCACUGAGUGGGGGGUUCCUGCAAGCUCUUUUCCAACCGGUCUCAGGCGGCUCGGGAUAACAUCAGAAACAGCAGCAACAGCAGCAGCAAGCAAAAAGGGGGGAGCCCACUGGACGCUGCAGGAGAGCCAAGCCCCCGCUCGGUGCGAGUGCUCCCGCCGGCUGGGAGCUGCGGGCGGCCGAUGGACAACCUCCGCGGGGCCCGGCCGCUGCGGCUCCUCUUGCUCCUGGCGCUGGUGCCUUCGCUCCGGGGCCAAGAUCUUUCAAUGGAAGAAUGCUGUGACAAGGGUAUUGAACGGGCAAAUAAAAACAGAAUAUGUACUUCUCUACCGUUAAUAUCCGAGUCCAGAGAAUGCAGCAUGAUGCAGGUACAGUGCUGCCACAACCAGCUGGAGAAGCAGUACUGUUCAGAUGGGAUUGAAUUUGCCAACGUGCGUGAGGAGUGUGACUCACAUAUUGGUGAAAAUUCCACCUGUGAAGCUGAAUACUUCAAGAUAUGCUGUUACUGUUGUUUGCUGGGAAAGGCUGCCCAAGUUCAAGGACAGAGUUGUGAACCCAACCCAAAGAUAGGAUACCAAUGUGGAACUGUCUUCAGAGCUUGCUGUGUGAAGGGUCAAGAAGGCAUUGAUAUGUCCAUCAGUGAUGAUGCUCCUAAAAAGGAGCAAGUUGAAAUUUCAAAGGAAGAACUAGACCAAGAAGAUCCUUAUCUGCAUGAUGGCUGCAGAGGCGGUGGUCCUUGCUCCCAGCAGUGCAGAGACACAGGAUCCAGUUACGUCUGCUCCUGCUUUGUUGGGUAUCAGCUUCAACCAGAUGGUGUCAACUGUGAAGAUAUUAAUGAGUGUAUCACUGGGACGCACAGCUGUGGGAUUGGACAAACCUGCGUCAAUACAUUAGGAUCCUUUCGCUGUCAGCGGGACACAAGCUGUGGAACUGGUUAUGAACUAACAGAUGACAGUCGUUGCAAAGAUAUUGACGAAUGUGAGACUGGUACUCAUAACUGCCCCCCCGAUUUUAUCUGUCAGAAUACUCCAGGAUCUUUCCGUUGCCGACCCAAGCUACAGUGUAUGAAUGGGUUUAUACAAGAUGCGCUAGGCAACUGUAUUGAUAUCAACGAAUGCCUGAGCACCAACAUGCCAUGCCCAGCUGGACAGAUAUGUAUUAACACUGAUGGUUCAUAUACCUGCCAGCGAAUCUCACCCAGCUGUGGCCGAGGUUAUCAUCUCAAUGAAGAUGGAACAAGAUGCGUGGAUGUGGAUGAGUGCUCAUCCUCUAAUGAGCCUUGUGGAGAAGGACAUGUUUGUAUAAAUGCCCCAGGCAAUUACCGUUGUGAGUGCAAAUCUGGCUAUUCUUUUGAUGUCAUCAGUAGAACUUGUAUUGAUAUCAAUGAAUGCAGACGCUAUCCAGGCCGCCUUUGUGCUCACAAGUGUGAGAAUACUCCCGGUUCCUAUUACUGCACUUGUACUAUGGGAUUCAAACUUUCAACUGAUGGCAGGUCAUGUGAAGAUUUAAAUGAGUGUGAGAGCAGCCCUUGUAGUCAAGAGUGUGCCAAUGUGUAUGGUUCCUAUCAGUGCUACUGUCGCCGUGGCUUUCAACUUAGUGACAUAGAUGGGAUUUCAUGUGAAGAUAUUGAUGAAUGUGCUUUACCUACUGGAGGGCAUAUCUGUUCCUUUCGAUGUAUUAAUAUUCCUGGGAGCUUUCAAUGUACUUGUCCCUCCACUGGUUACAGGCUGGCACCCAAUGCACGCAACUGUCAAGAUAUUGAUGAGUGUGUUGCAGAAAGCCACAACUGCUCUUUCAAUGAGACCUGCUUUAACAUCCAGGGCGGCUUUCGCUGUCUGUCUUUGGAAUGUCCAGAAAAUUACCGCAAGUCAGGAGAUACUGUCAGACUUGAAAAGACAGAUACUAUCCGUUGCAUUAAGUCUUGUCGACCAAAUGAUGUCAGCUGUGUGUUGGAUCCAGUCCACACAAUUUCCCACACUGUCAUUUCACUGCCCACGUUCAGAGAAUUUACAAGACCUGAAGAGAUUAUUUUUCUUCGUGCCAUCACACCUACAUAUCCAGCCAACCAGGCAGAUAUCAUAUUUGAUAUAACAGAAGGAAAUUUAAGAGAUUCCUUUGAUAUCAUCAAGCGUUACAUGGACGGUAUGACAGUGGGUGUAGUUCGCCAGGUGAGGCCCAUUGUUGGACCUUUCCAUGCCAUCCUGAAACUGGAGAUGAACUACGUCAUGGGUGGAGUGGUAUCUCAUCGUAACAUUGUCAAUGUUCACAUCUUCGUCUCCGAGUACUGGUUCUGAGAGAGCGUUUAAAAUCCCAGACAAGCAAGCCGCUCCAACCUAAAUCAUUACCACAAACUAUUAUGUCAUAUACUUGUUUGUAAAACCCAAUAGUGGUUUUUUUGUUGUUUUAUUUUUAAAUAUUUGGUUUAUAGUUUAAGAUAAAUAACAAGCUAUUAUGUUGAUUAGACAUAGGGUGGAGCGAAUUAAGUGAGCCUGAUAUAGUAGUUGUCUGUAUAAAUAAGUAGUGUGUAAAAGUGCUCAGCUGCCUAGUGAAAUUUAAACCUUUUCUAAAUGUUUAGGCAGAUCUUAACUAUUGCUCCUUGGCCGGAUAACCAGAGUGACUGAGGAUGUGGAACAAAAUAGACGUCAGAGUUCAUUGGGAUGAAUAUAUGAUAUCUUUGCAUGGAAGAAGUUUGGUAAGGAUUAGUAAUUUCACCUCAAUACUAACUACCUUGAAGGAGUCGGAUUGUCAGAAAGCGCCAGAUACUCACUUCUGGGCCCCUGUAGGAUAACUCUGAAUUGGCACCCAGAAUUGCUAAUCAUUUCUGAAAAGUUUAGCCUAGAUAUUUAAAAAGCGCCAUUCAGCUACGGCUACAAGAGGAAGUGCAAAAGGAAUUAGGAAUAGUAAGAGACUAACAAGCUAUUGCACGUAUUAAAAAAAUACUCCUUUUUUGUACUUAUUAUUUGAUUGUAAGAUUAUGUUUGAUUCUAAUUAAACAAAUACCUCUCAUUGAAAUUAACCUCUUACAAGGAUAAGGCACAUAUUGCUUAAAUUCCAAUCUCAUCUGUACUCAGCAAUACAUGGGAAACUCAGACCUACAUCUCCUGUCUGUUGUAGAGUAAAGCUCCAUACCUUUUUAAAAUGGGUAGUAAAAUCAGCAUGUUAAACUGUACACUUCCUAUGCACCAAACCAAGGCAUAUGUAAUAAUAUAAUGAAACCCUCACAAAUAAAUGAAUGUUUAAUGUAUUUUCUGGGCAUCAAAGUAAUGUAUCUUUUUUAUUACAGAACAGAAAAUAAAUAGCUCCAUGUUUCAGUUUGUUAUGUUUGUUAAGGUAUGAGGAAAUAAAGUAAAAGUCCAAUGGGAAAUACUCAAAUAUAUGCUAUGGUUUCUGCUUACCAGAAAAAUCGUAUAAUACACAAAAAUGUAUCUCCUGUAAGCAAAUUAAUUAUGUGUAUAUAUUACACAUUCCCCACUCAAAACAGCCCACUAUUUCAUCGGUCAUUAUUGGCGCUAGGCAUUUGUCUCUUCCUUUUAUACAAAAGCCCCUGAAGCUUACGGGAAUCUUUCCGUUGACCUGAAUGAUCUUUGAAUAAGACUAAUAAAGACGCUGCUCUCUCAUCCAUUGCAAAUAAAGGACCGUAACAACUUUA